AUGGCGUCGCUUCCGGUCCCGCUGCCCUCAGCGAAGAUGGCGGCAGUGGAGAAGCGGCGGCCGGCUGUGGCCCCGACGGCCGGUUUCUCAGACAGCGUCCGGCCGUCGGUGUCCCGGGCAGCGGCGGCGGCCGAGAGCGAGGAGGACUUCCUGCGGCAGGUCGGCGUGACGGAGAUGCUGCGCGCGGCCCUGCUGAAGGUGCUGGAGGCGCGGCCCGAGGAGCCGAUCGCCUUCUUGGCGCACUACUUCGAGAACAUGGGCCUGAGCGCGCCGGCCAACGGCGGGGAGCCCCCGGGCCAGCUCCUGCUGCAGCAGCAGCGCCUGAGCCGCGCGCUAUGGCACCUGCGCCUGGCUCACCACUCCCAGAGGACGGCCUUCAACAACAACGUGAGCGUGGCCUACGAGUGCCUGGGCGCCAGCGGGCGCAAGAAGAAGCCGGGCCUGGACGGGCGCACGUACAGCGCGCUGCUGAAGCGCGUCUGCAGGGAUGGCGAGGCGCCCGAGGAGGCCGUGGCGCCGCUGCUGCGUAAGAUCCAGUGCCGCGACCACGAGGCCGUGCCGCUCGACGUCUUCCGCGCCGGCAUGCUCACCUGCUUCGUGCUGCUGGAGUUCGUGGGCCGCGCCGCCGCCCUCUUCCGGCUGCUGGAGGACCCGGCCCUGGCUGUGGCCGACCGGCGCGUGGGCCAGGCCGUGCUGGACACGCUGGAGGGCGCGCUGCGGGCCGGCGACAAGGGCGGCGCCUGCCUGCUUCCUGGAGGCGGCUCGCGCCUGGGGCCCGACGGCCUGGCCCGGGCCAUGGACGGCGCCCUGGGGAGACGGCGGCCCGGCUCGCCCAUGACCCGGGAGUUCCUGGAGAAGGCGGCCGCCCUCAUCGCCAAGGUCAAGCCGGUGGGCUGAGCGCCCCUUGCGGCCCCGGGGCCCGGCUCGCCUGCUCCCAGGCAGAACGCGGAUUCGGGAGCGGAAGUGGGGCGUCCUGCAUGCAGGGGAGGGGCUCCCGGGAAGUGGACGCCCCCUCCCCAGACCCUGGCUGCUUCC